AUUUCUAUUUUCAGCUAGGCCUAUAUAAGUCACCUGUGAAAAUAUACAGAUAUAAACUACAUCAUAAAAACGUUUGACUGCUACAGGCACCCGUGCAUAUUGACGGAUUAACUAUCAAGCAUAUGAUCUACGUUGAUUGUUUAUCUGAACUUCCGUGAGUUUUUCAUCUCUAAUCGUCUAAAAAUGAGUUCAACCACACCUGAAAAGGUUUCAGCCAGCUUUAAUGACAAUGUAUCACCUUUGAAAGAUACAUCCAAAUCUCCUGCAAGUGAAAAGGGUGGUAGUGAUCACAUAAAUGAACAUUCGGGGCAUUCAGAGUCAGAGAGUGAUACAAGCCCCGAGAAAUCCAUUUCUUGUCGGAGCAUACCUGGCCCAUCAACUUCAAGUGAUGGUAAAAGGGAGAGAAAAACAAGUGGCUCCAGUAAAGCAGCCAGCGAAUCUCCUGACAGGAAACGAAAAUAUGAACCAACAGAAGAAGAAAUCAGAGUAUAUAGGCACAAAAAAGAAAAGCAAGAAGAAGAAAGAUUAAAAAUGCAAGUGUUGGUUUCCAAUUUUACGGAGGAACAACUUAACCGCUAUGAGAUGUAUAGAAGAGCAGCAUUCCCAAAGGCUGCUGUAAAGAGGUUGAUGCAGUCUAUAACCAGAUCGGGAGUGGCCCAGAAUGUUGUGAUUGCCAUGUCCGGUAUUGCCAAGGUAUUUGUUGGGGAAGUGGUUGAGGAAGCACUUGAUGUGAUGAAACAAUGGGGGGAGACUGGGCCCAUUCAGCCAAAACACCUGCGCGAGUCCGUCCGACGCCUUAAAAGUACAAGAAAUGUCCCCAACACAAAGACUAAAACAACCUUACUUAAUGGGUGAUCAAGAGGAACCACAUAUUUUACAGUUUUCUUCAGCUUUAGAUAUCGGACAACAGUGCAGCAUUCCUACAUCCGAGUAUCAACAGAAGCAUGCAAGAGUUGUGCCCCUUAUUGGUUCAGUGCUUUCCUGUUCUGAGGUGAAAAACUGGUUCAUCUGUUUCGUGAAGAUGUGCUAUUGUCAGUUGUGAAGGAUUGAAGGUCAAUUGCUGGCCAGAAAUCAUCGUCGUGACUUUUGGGUUCAUCUUCAUUUCAACCCAGUAUGAGUGUCCCAAAUUGACAUGAUUCACAAAGUCCAGAAAAGUUGUAGAAAUUUAAACAAAGUUAUCUGAUCAGCUAUGUAGUGGUGUACUAUGUUAAUGUUGACUUGGUCUUCCAAAUGUGUAUUUGUACCGUGUUGUGUCCGAAUAAAGAAUUUAUGAUUAGCCUAUGCCAUCAGUUAUGGACGAUAUAUUUUAGAUUUGUGAUUGUGCAAUAGGGGUCUGCUUUUAUAUGGAGACUUUGAUAAUAGAAUGUAGAUGGAAUCACAAGGAAUUUGUUUCAUGCCAAUCUAAUGCUAUUCAAUAUGAUAUAUUUACAUAUGUCGUUAGUAAAUCAAAUACCAGUUAUGAGAUACUACAAUUUACGAUGAUUCAGUCAGUGUAGGAAUACAGCUCAAAGUGUUCUGGGUAAAACAAUUAAAAUGGCUGCCAGUUACUUUCUGUAUCAACAGGCCUAAAGAGCUUUCUAAAGUUGUUAACUCUAGUCACAUAAGCUAUCACAGUACCGGGUAUAUUAAUUGACAGAAAAUUGGAUUUAAUUCAAAACAAUCAGAAAUUAUGCAAUUUACCUUUCACCCAAAUUGUAUUGAUAUCGAUUACUAGCAUCUGGUAACAAUGCUUAAAUACAUCAUAAAUAAAAUUAUUUUAUUAACUGUG